AUGCCUAGGGGUGCCUUCGCAUCCCUAGAUAUUACUACAAACUUCGUUGAGGCUGCGCACCACCAGACCAAGCUAUUACCGAAACAAUGGAACAGGUCAUUCAAAAGAUGCAGGCCGAAACUGCUAUUGGUGACAACCGAAAUGCAGCCAUCCAUGAGGCGAUGCGAGCUACAACUGGACCGAGCUGAUUGUCCCAGCUCGGGCAUUUAUCCCAACGACACCUCCCAAACAGCAGAUGAGAUUCUGGGGAUGUUUCCAAGCAUCAAGGAGCAUUCUUACACAAUCCAAGGCAGCUAA